AUGGAUUCUGAUAUGGAGUACAUAUACGAGCACUAUGUUGAGUCGUCCGACGGCUCAUCCGGCGAGGAGGACUACACUGAUGAGACGAUGAUGAUGCAGACGGUGCUUGCAGACGCAGAGCGUGCAGAGGAGCAUGUUCUGAAUUUCAAGGGAUCGAUCAAGGGUCAUCGAAUGCUCAACUGCAACCAGGCGCGCGACCAUUGGACGCUGAUGGACGACUACUUUGCCCCUGAUGCCCUCUUCGCUGACAAUUUUCGCUGGCACUUUCGGAUGCGCAAAAAUGUCUUCGAUCGUCUCUAUCAUGACGUCCAGUCCUUUGAUGACUACUUCAUCUUGAAGAAGGAUGCCAUAGGAACGAUUGGGUUCUCUGGUUACAAGAAGUGCACGACUGCACUAUGGACGCUUAUAUAUGGCACGACCGCUGAUUCGUGA